AACUAAAACAAAAAAUAAGAUGAAAUCUCAUUGCUUAACGUUUCUAUUUUCUCCAUAUAAUAUAAUUAGGCAGCGCAGUAUAUAUUCAAUUCAAAACAAACGGCAAAGAUGAAACCGAUUAAGUGAAGGCUGAAGCUGGCGAUUCUUACUAACUAAUAUUUCACUAGUGUAUUAUAAUUCACAAAAAAAAAAAAAAAAAAAAAAAAAAAAAAAAAAAAAAGGAUAUUAAAGAAACUGUUGCAUUGCUCUCAGCUACUACUCUUGUUUGGUUCAUUGAAAAGACAACUUUAUCAGUCAACCAAUUAUGGAAAAAACCAACAGCAUUCUUAUGUUUGUGUUGCUUCAUCUCUUUACUGCUUCUUUGGCUAUUAAUCCUAAUGAUGAAGCUGCUCUUCUUGCCUUCAAAUCUCACAUUUCUUCUUCUGAUCCUAAUAACUUGUUACAAAGCAACUGGUCUGUCUCCUCCCCAGUUUGCAGCUGGAUUGGCAUUACUUGCAGCUCGCGUCACCAUAGAGUCACUGCUUUAGACAUUUCUAGCAUGCAACUUCGCGGUACCAUUCCUCCACACCUCGGAAAUCUCUCAUUUCUUGUUUCCCUUGACAUCAGUAACAACAGUUUUCGUGGCGAUCUGCCACAAGAGUUGUCUCUUUUGCUAAGGUUGAAACUUAUUGAUGUUACAGAAAAUAAUUUUAGUGGCCCUAUUCCAUCAGUCUUAAGUUUGUUACCUAACCUUCGAUUCCUCUACCUUUCGAGCAACAAAUUUUCAGGGGAAAUCCCAUCUUCCUUUUCCAAUCUAACAAAUCUUCAACAGUUAAGAGUGCAGAGGAAUUCUCUUCAAGGAAAGAUCCCUCCUGAAAUUGGCGACCUUCGUUACUUGACAAUGUUAGACCUACAAGGUAACCGGCUUACUGGCUUUAUACCACCAUCAAUCUUCAACAUGACUUCCCUGAGACAACUCGCCUUAAUUCGCAAUCGUCUUACUGGUAAACUUCCUGUAGAUAUUUGUAACAAUCUCCCAAAUCUUGAAGUGCUCUUUCUCUCAAGCAACAUCCUAGAUGGCCUAAUCCCACCAAAUUUAGAGAAAUGCUCAAAGCUUAAAAAUUUGACAUUGUCUGGCAAUCAGUUCACUGGAACUAUACCUAGAGAACUUGGGAACUUAACUAUGCUCACAGUGUUGCAUCUUGGAGAAAACCUUUUAGAAGGAGAAAUACCAGUUGAGAUAGGUAAUCUACAAAACCUUCAAAUGCUUGGGUUAAAAGCUAACAACUUAAGUGGUUCUAUUCCUGCAAAUAUUUUCAACAUUUCAGCAUUGAAGAUACUUACCAUAUAUGGAAAUCAGAUAUCAGGUAGUUUACCUUCAGAUUUAGGCCUUAGAACACUAAAUCUUGAAGAAGUUUACCUUGGAUCGAAUGAUCUCAGCGGAAGACUUGCUCCUACAAUCUCAAAUGCUUCAAGGCUAAUUAUUAUAGACCUAGCAAACAACAAAUGUACAGGUCCAAUUCCUGAUUCAUUUGGUACCUUAGAGUUUCUUGAAGGCCUAUACUUGGGUGGUAACAACUUCAUUAAUGAGCCAUCUUCUUCUGAGUUAAGCUUCCUUACAUCCCUGACUAAUUGUAGAUAUUUAAGAGAAGUGGUCAUUGAAGAGAAUCCUUUGAAUGGUUUUCUUCCAGCUUCUAUUGGAAAUUUUUCCGAUUCUCUUCGGAUAAUUAUUGCACGUAGAAGCAAACUGAAGGGCACCAUCCCAGAAGAAGUUGGAAAUCUAAGCGGCUUACGUGUGCUAGCUCUGUCUCAUAAUAACCUCAUUGGUUCCAUUCCUGAGAAGUUGAGAACAAUGCAAAAUCUUCAAGAAUUUUACUUAGAAAAUAACAGUCUAAGAGGAACAAUACCUGAUGAUAUCUGCAGAUUACAGAAUCUUGGAGCUUUAGACUUGACUUCUAAUCAAAUUUCUGGUUCAGUUCCAGCUUGUUUAGGAAAAGUGUCGACUUUAAGAUAUCUGCAUUUAGGUUUCAACAGAUUGAAUUCCACCUUACCUGAAAGCCUGUGGAGUCUUCAAGAUCUCUUAGAACUGAGUGCAUCAUCAAAUCUAUUAAGCGGGCGUAUACCUCCUGAGAUUGGUAAUCUAAAAGUUGUGACACUAAUUGAUCUGUCAAAAAAUGAUCUUUCUGGUAAUAUUCCUAGUACUAUAGGGGGUCUUGAAAAGUUGAUUAGUCUCUCAAUGGCACAUAAUAAAUUAGAAGGGCCUAUUCCAAGUUCAUUUGGUAAAAUGGUAGGCUUGGAAUUCUUGGAUUUCUCUUACAACAAUCUUACUAGUGAAAUUCCAAAGUCACUUGAAGCACUCUCACACCUUAACUACUUCAACUUCUCUUUUAACAAGUUAAAGGGAGAAAUUCCCACUGGCGGUCCUUUUGCAAAUUUCACCGGUCAAUCUUUCAUGUCCAAUGAUGCACUCUGUGGUGCUUCUCGCUUUAAUGUGUCACCAUGCCUCAUCAAAUCCACCAAGAAAUCAAGGAGAAAGAGAAUGCUUAUAGGACUAUUUAUUCUAUUAGGGAUUGGAUCAAUGUUUCUAGUAUUUGUCCUUGGAUAUAUGCUGUUAAGAUGGCAAAAGAAAAAGAAGAAUUCAGGUCAAACAGAUGAGUCUUUUGUGAAAGGACAUGACAGAAUAUCAUAUCAUGAACUUCAACAAGCAACUGGAGGAUUCAGUGAGAGCAAUUUGCUUGGUAAAGGGAGUUUCAGCAUGGUUUACAAAGGGAUACUUAAGGAUGGGACUCUUUUGGCAGCAAAGGUAUUCAAUGUGCAUUUGGAGGGAGCAUUUAAGAGCUUUGACACAGAAUGUGAGAUACUACGCAACCUUCGCCAUAGAAAUCUCACAAGAGUGAUCACUAGUUGUUCCAACCCAGACUUCAAAGCCUUAGUAUUGGAGUACAUGCCCAAUGGAACACUUGAUAAGUGGCUAUACUCUCAUAAUUUGUUCUUAGACAUGUUGCAGAGGGUGGAUAUUAUGAUAGAUGUGGCAUCGGCGUUAGAUUAUCUCCACAAUGGGUAUCCAACACCUGUGGUGCAUUGUGAUCUGAAGCCAAGCAAUGUCUUGCUAGAUCAAGAAAUGAUUGGUCAUGUGAGUGAUUUUGGCAUAGCAAAGUUGCUAGGUGCAGGGGAGACUUUCGUCCAAACAAGGACUAUAGCAACCAUUGGAUACAUUGCUCCAGAGUAUGGACAGGAUGGAAUAGUAUCCAAAAAUUGUGAUGUCUAUAGUUUCGGCAUCAUGAUGAUGGAAACAUUUAUUAGGAUGAGGCCAAGUGAUGAUAUGUUUACUGGAGAUUUGAGCCUAAGAUGUUGGAUUAAUGACUCUUUUCCUAGUGGAGUUGGUCAAGUUGUGGAUGCCAAUUUGUUGAGGCCAGAGGAAGGACAUAUUGAAGCCAAGAUUCAAUGUUUGUUGUCUAUUAUGGAAUUAGCUUUGAGUUGCACUUUAGUGUCACCUGAUGCAAGAGUUAACAUGGAAAAUGCUCUUUCGUCCCUCAGGAAGAUAAGAUUUCAGUUUGUCACUAGUUGUGUUAGGACAUAAAAGAAAAGGUUCUACUCCUUUUUUGUCAGUUUUCCCAUGAUUAUUUCAUCACUCCAUAUGAUGUAUGUUCUGUGUGUGAUUCAGAGCUUGUAAAGAAAUAAGCUAUAUGAUAUGAUUACUAAAAAAUAAAGUAACAGACCUAUGACUUCAAAUUC